CCUUGCCCAUCCCUAAAGGAAAAAAAAAAAAAGAAAUAUCAGAGAGAAGAGCGACGCCAGAAAAGUCAGUAAAAGAAGGAAAGCGAAAGAUAUUUAAAGAUACAUUUGGUUAUAAGAACAAAUAGGUAUAAGCUCACUGAUAAGCACACAGUGAUCAAACUUCACUGGACAGGAGGACGCAUUCCUGUGCAAAAGGCAGGUCUUCUGCUUAAAAUUAACAGAUCACUGUUUCGUUCCUCAAUUGCUACCAUGCCUCUCCAAAAAUCAUCUUCUCGAACCCCUCGUCUGGAUCCCACCAUGAUCUCUGCCCCCCUGGGAGAUUUCCGUCACACCAUGCACAUUGGUCGCGGUGGAGACGCUUUUGGUGACACCUCCUUCCUGUCCAGCCAUGGCCCCUCUAGUCCUAAUCCCAAGUCUGUGCAACCAGACGUGGCAGCCACUGUAGAGACCACAGACAAUCAGAUGAACCAUAGCAAUGAAUUUGAAUAUGCAGAAGAUACCGGUCCGAAUGAGCUCCAGCAUUCCGAUUCAGUUUCUUCCUUUGACCUCGACUUGGAUUUAGGGCCUUCGAUUUUAGGAGAUGUCCUGGGCGUGAUGGACGGUCUGACGAUGGGUUCUCACGAAGACAAUGAAGAGGUGUUUAGUUCCAGCAAGAGCACAAGAGAUGUGAUGAUGUCACCAAGGAGUGCUGCCAAUGAGUUGAGCGAGAGGAUGAGAAUGGAAAGUAUGACCAAAGAGGUGAGCCAACGAGAUGAGCAACUCAACGAGGUCAAUGGCGUGAAAUCAAAAGGGCUCAGGCCCAAAGUGCGAUUCAGCGACAAACGUGAUGAGAUCAUCGGGCGACAGGAGAUAAUCGAAGGGCUAGAUGUGGAAGUUGAAGAAGAAAUGGGCUUGAGACCAAAUAAGGAGAUGCAAGAGAUUAGUGGGAAAACGGCUUACGACAAAGACCCAAGACAAGCAGAGGUGGUUAAUCGGAGGGAGGACAACUCUCCAAGCCUCUCUUCCUCAGUGAGCUCAGAAUAUGAGGGAGUCUCACCGCUGGACCGGAGGAGAGAAGACCAGCAUCUUUCAGAAACAGAUUCAGAGGAGGAAGGUGCCAACGGACAACAAGGAUACACUUUUGAGGACGAAUUCAAUGAUGAGAUUGGCCUAUAAGAGAACAUAUUGAGCGAUUUGAGGACCAAAAAUAAGUCACUGGCAUAUGGAUCACGACAUGAACAGAAUUAUUCUUAAAAAAGAAAAAACAUCCAU